AUGAGUAGCAGUCAUCCAGUGUUGGAAGAGGUGACUACGCCUUACAAAGACCAGAAGCCGGGUACGUCAGGUUUAAGGAAGAAGGUUGCUGUGUUCAAGGAGAAGAAUUAUCUAAUGAACUUUGUGCAGUCCUUGUUUAAUGCUAUACCCGAAUCGGACUACGUGGGGCAGACGUUGUUAGUAUCGGGUGAUGGGCGAUACUGGUGUCGGGAGGCAGUGCACAUAAUUGCUGAGGUUGCUGCGGGCAAUGGAGUGGCACGAUUGUGGGUGGGUAAGAACGGAUGGGUUUCUACACCGGCCGGAAGUGCGAUAAUUCGUGAGCGAGAAGGAGGUAUAUGUACCGGUGGUUUAUUACUUACCGCAUCGCAUAACCCGGGUGGACCUACAGAGGACUUUGGUGUGAAGUAUAACUGUGCGAAUGGAGGUCCCGCGCCUGAACAUGUAACAGACGCGAUUUACGAAGAGUCGCUCAAGGUAACGACGAUCAAGAGAGUUACAUUGACACCAGUUGAUUUGAGUAAAUUGGGUCCGGUACAAUGUACAGACAAGUUUACUAUCGAGGUUAUCGAUCCUGUCGAGGAUUGGCUGAGAAAGAUGAAGACCAUAUUCGAUUUUGACUUGUUGCGCUCACUUGUCAAAAGAUCCGAUUUCCGUUUCGUUUACGAUGGCCUAAAUGGAAUUGCUGGACCUUACGCCAAAGCCAUUUUCGUUCAGGAGCUGGGUUGCAAUGCCGAUGAGGUUUUGCGUCAAUGCGAACCACUUGAAGACUUCGGUGGACACCAUCCCGACCCGAAUUUAACAUAUGCCAAGCGACUAGUGGACGAGAUGAAAGUUGAUGAGAUGAAGGUCGGUGGUUCGACGCCCGUCCCCGACACCGGUGCCGGACCGGUGGUUCCUGACUUUGGCGCUGCAGGCGAUGGAGACAACGACCGCAAUAUGAUUCUCGGCAAGCGUUGGUUCGUUACACCCUCGGAUAGUGUCGCCAUUAUCGCACACUACGCACAACGCGCCAUUCCGUACUUCAGCAAUGGACUGAAAGGUGUGGCACGCUCCAUGCCUACCUCUGAGGCACUUCUGCAAGUCGCGAAAAAACUGGGCGUCGAGCAGUACGAGGUACCCACUGGGUGGAAGUUCUUCGGCAACCUCAUGGAUGCCGAUCGAUGCAGCAUUUGCGGCGAAGAAAGCUUUGGUACCGGUUCCGACCAUAUCCGCGAGAAGGACGGGUUAUGGGCUGUACUUUGCUGGAUGAGCAUCCUCGCCUUCCGUGCCAAACAAGACGGUAAACUCAUCUCCGUCCAACAGAUCAAUGAAGAAUUUUGGUCAGAGUAUGGGCGCAAUUUCUACGUCCGUUAUGACUAUGAGAACAUGGCGACUGAAGACGCCGCGGGGCUCAUGAACCACCUCGCCUGUCUUGACGUGUUGCAAUACAACGCCGAACUAGGCACCAACCUGACUAAAGCGGACAUUUUCACAUAUCAUGACCUCGUUGACGGAUCCGUCACCAAAAAUCAAGGCGCACGAAUCUUCUACGAAGACGGUAGCCGCUUCGUCGUCAGACUCUCCGGCACCGGCUCCAGCGGAGCUACAGUACGAAUGUACUUUGAACAGUUCUCCAAGGACUAUCUCAACAACAACAUGCAAUCCUUCAUCGACAAGGCACUCCUCAUUGCCAGGGUUAAGGAAUUCCUCAAGACUGAUGUACCCACCGUCAAGACCUAA